AGGAUUAUGAAAUCUUUCAUGACGGAGAAGAUGAAGAACAGAUUUUAUGUCUACUCACACAUGUCGCAGAGCUGUUUUAAGGAUGUUCCAGCAGAUAUCUUGCCAAUCGAAUAUGGCGGCACUGAUGGUACAAUUCAGGAAUUAACUGAUUAUUGGAAGAGAUUGGCCGAAGAGAAUCACGACUGGAUUAUGAGUGGUGAAAAUGACAAAAUUGAAUAAUAUUUUGGUACAGUGGAUUUAAACUCGGAAACAUAUAUUUGCUUUUAAAACAUGUUUGAAUAUAUAUUAAUUUAUUAUAAUAUUAUUGUAAUAUAGUCAAAUUUUGUUUGGUUUUGAGUUUUGCAAAAACAAA